ACGAGCCUGGUUUUAAUUGUUGUAGUUGUAUGUCUUGUUCCGCGGCUCAGACAUUUAUUAGCUUUUUCACUUCCUGAAAGUGUAAACGUUUGUCUUCUUUACUUUCUUACAUUAUUGUAUUUGGACCAGCAUUAUUAUUAACUGUGGGCUAUACAGUCAUGUAUGUGUGCGAUGACAUUAAGCAGUAACAUUCUGUGAUUACAGACCCGAUCGGAUGCAAAUAUAGGCUAGACAUCAUUUCUUCUAUGUUAUGGUGGAACAAACUCCUGCUGGUCACCAGUAACGGUCAGAGCAUUAAGGAAAGAAAAUGAAGUGAAACCUUUUAUCGUCCAGUGAAAUCUGUUUUAACAACAUUCUGAUGUUAUCAGCAAACAUCACUGGCUGUCUAUAAUCGGAACUCUCAAAGAAGGUGCAAUAAAAUAAAGGUGGUGUAGCAAUGUAUACGCCCGCCGCUGACGCCGUUGCCGGAUAUUCCAGUGGCAAUAUGGCAGAUAAGGAUACUAGCCAGGAGACAACGCUCGGGAGUGCCUAUUCCCCAGUCGAUUAUAUGAGCAUCACCAGUUUCCCUCGGCUUCCAGAGGACGAUGCUUUGUCGGGUGAGAAUACGGUGAAAUCCCGCAAAGACGACGACAACUUUCUGAGCGAACAAGAAACAGACCCCGACCUUUUUCUGAAGUCAGCCCGACUUCAGCGCCUUCCCUCUUCGGCAUCGGACCUGGCCAGUCAUGACGCCACUCCCCUUAGGGAGACCCACCGUGAUCCUCUGGCCGAAGACUGCAGCUGUCGGCAGGACGGCCUCACAAUCAUCAUCACUGCCUGCCUCACAUUCGCAACAGGGGUCACCGUUGCACUAGUCAUGCAGAUCUACUUUGGAGACCCUCAGAUCUUCAGUCAGGGAGCUGUGGUGACGGAUGUUGCUCACUGCACCUCUCUUGGGUUUGAAGUCCUGAGUAAGCAGGGUUCUUCUGCAGAUGCCGCCAUUGUUGCUGCCCUAUGUCUGGGCAUCAUUCACCCACAUACAUCUGGCAUUGGGGGUGGAGGUGUAAUGCUGGUUCAUGAUAUACGCAAGAAUGAGAGCCGGGUGAUUGACUUCCGUGAAACGGCGCCCUCUGCCAUCCAUGAGGAUAUGUUGCAGUUCAACCUGGAACAAAAACUGGGUCUGCUAGUAGGUGUCCCAGGCAUGCUCAGUGGGUUGCACCAGGCCCAUCAGCUCUAUGGAAGAAUGCCGUGGAAGGAGGUGGUUACCAUGGCUGCAGAUGUUGCCAGGAAUGGAUUUAAUGUUACCCAUGACCUGGCUGAGGCCUUGUCCAAAGUGAAAGAUCAGAAUAUUUCAGAAAGUUUCAGGGAUUUGUUUCUUCCUGAUGGACAAUCCCCCCUUUCUGGCCUGUUCACAAGACGCCUUGAUCUGGCAGCCAUCUUGGACGCAAUUGCAGAACGUGGGAUUUCUGAGUUCUACAAUGGCAACUUGACCCAGGAAAUGGCAGCAGAAGUGCGAGCUGCAGGCGGAGUUCUUACUGAAGAGGAUUUCAGUAACUACAGCACUGUUCUACAGCAGCCAAUGGAGGGUCUAUAUCAGGGUAAUCAAAUUUUGGCAGCCCCCGCUCCUCAUUCUGGGGCAGCACUGAUAGCAGCCCUCAACAUCCUGGAGGGCUUCAACAUCAGCAGCCAGAUGCAAAGGAACAGCACCUACCACUUAAUGGCCGAGGCUCUCAAAAUUGCACUAGCUAUGGCCAGUGGUUUGGGUGACCCCAUGUUUGACUCCUCUGUCUCUGAGUCAGUAGCUCAGAUGUUGAGUAAGUCCCAGGCUGCUUUGUUUCGUCAAAUGAUCAAUGACUCCCAGGCCUCCCCUCCUGGACAUUACACCCCUUUCUAUGCCCUGGAGAAUGGGGCAGUUGCAGGCCAGGUGAUGGUCAUGGGUCCAGAUGACUUCAUUGUAUCUGUCAUGAGCUCCCUGAACCGGCCUUUUGGAAGUAGAAUUGUGAGCUCUUCUGGGAUCCUCCUUAACAGCCAGAUCCUAGACUUCUCCUGGCCAAACAAAACUCAGAGUCCCACUCCACCCAACCCACGAAACAGUGUUCAGCCAGGGAAGAGGCCACUGUCCUUUCUUUUGCCUACUGCAGUGAGGCCAUCAUCAGGGUUCUGUGGCACCUACAUGGCCCUUGGUUCUUCCAAUGGAGACCAUGCGCUCAGUGGCAUUGCCCAGGUGUUAAUGAACGUUUUAUCGUUCCGCAAAAACCUAAGUGACAGCCUUUCAUAUGGAAGGCUUCACCCUCAACUUCAGCCCGACAACCUUCUCGUGGACUCUGAGUUUCUUGAAGAGGACAUAGAGGUCCUGCAGCUGAAGGGGCAUGAGGUGCAGAAGGUGGAGGUUCUCUCUCUGGUAGAGGGGACAAGAAGGACCAAUGAUCUGAUCAUUGGGGUGAAGGACCCCCGCAGUGCGGAUGCCUCAGCUAUGACUAUGUCCAUGCCCUGACUCCUGCUACUGCAAGGUCAGAGAGGCCUGGGAAGCAGGGGGAGGGGGGGCGUGGGUUGGUCCAAGCAGCAAAUUUGGCCUUUGCAGAGCUGGCAUGGGGAAAAGGCAUGUUGUCUGCCAUCUUGUGUGGUCUUGGCAUGCUCACUGUAUAUAGGCACUGAAAAAUCAAUGCUGCCCCUGUAGGGAGAAGGGCAGAAAAAAACACCACCAUCCUGCACGCGCACUCUUGGUACAGUCACCUCUGGCUGUCACUCAGACACUCAGCACCCCAUCCUGAACACAUCAAAGCCAAACCAUAUACAUGACUCUGCCUUGUCUCUAGCAAUUUUAUCUCUGAAUGGAAGGUGCAGGUGAAUGCAUAAUAUACAGCAAAUUUGUUUUCAGUACCAUAAUGCCUGGAGCACUCUGAAGUAGGGAAGUCUCACAUCUACACCAUUUUGAUAACGUAUUGAAUUUACUGUGUGAAAUUGUGAGUUGUUUGAAAAGUAUAGCAAACUAUGGAUCUUGGGUACUGGUUGAAUGUGUUGGAAUGGACACAAGUUGUAUGUUUACUGAAAUAUUAAUACAGUAGUGAUCCUUUUGUGAUCUACAGCUUUGUCUUGACAUUGGAUGUUAUUUCUUGUAAACUUGAUGGAAUUGAUCAACAGCAAUAAUUCAUUGGAACAGUUGUUGAUUUUUAGCUGGAUUUGUGGUCUGUGAAAGGCAUUUUUCUUGAAUGUAUGAUGAAUGACUGAUGGAGCAUAAAGUUAUUUAACGCUAACUGGUUUUCCUGCAACAUUGUAUUUUUAAUAUUUAAGACAUUUAUCUUAUGUUCUUGUCUGUAUCAUCUGUAUAUUUUCACUACUAAAACCAAUCUGUUUGCUCAAGGCUGAUGUACAAGAUUGAAUACUGAAUUAUCAAUGUGACACAUUUAAGCUAUUUAUUCCAUUUUAAAUUAAUUUAUUUGUGCUUAUCUGAGGCAAAGAAAUACCAUAUCUGCAUUUAUGGUGAUGUCUAAAUGGAGUUUAUUUAGCUGUUUUUAGGAGAAUAUCAGAUUACCUUUCCUUUGGGAUCAAGUACUGUUUUUUGACAAUGUUUUUUUUAUUUUUUAUUUUUUUUAUUGAAUGUCCUCAAAUUAAGGGAUUGAAGUGUCUGAAAUAAAAUUAGCUUAUUAUGUUUAGACCAACGCACUCUAUAUUCCCUGUGUUGUGAGAUUAUAAUAUGCUUUCUCAAGGUUUAUUUUAUAUACGAAUUAAAUAGUCACAGCAUGCCUUGAAGCAUUGCAUUCACAUUUAACAUCUUUUACAGUGGUUUAAAUGGCUUCUUUUUGCUUCUUUUGUCUGCCUACUUGUUUCUACAGGUAAUUAUGCUACCUACCACUAGCCAAAUAGCUUGAACGUGCAAUAACUGUAUUUGGUGAUGUUAUACUUUUGGUAUGUUGUUUUGAUAGUUACUGUGGGGAGACAAAUAGAUUUCAUUUAUUUAUUUAUUUAUUUAAAUUUUUUUUCAAAAUGCACAUUAUGUUGGGAUACUUGUGAUUAUUGUUGGUGCAUUGCAAACAAUGUGGUAAAGAUCAAAUUAGGUUUUAUGUCCAGAUACCAAAAUCAGAAGACGGUAUCUUAAUUUAUUUAAUUUAUUUUUUAUCUUUAUUUUUGCAAAAUAAAUUCAGAGGUGUUUAUCAUAUGCUCUUUUUCCUCCAGCUGUCUGAUUAAUCUCUUAUGCUCUUAUUCUCCAGAUUGUGUCAUGGGCCACUGGCUUUCACCAUCAAAUUAAUUUAGUUUCAUUUGACCUUAUCUUUUAAUGGUUGCUUUUCAGAAGUCAUAAAGGGACGGUGGCAUAAAGAGCAUGUUAUGAACCAAGAAAUGAUACUCAUUGCUUUAAAGAGAGGGGCAGUUGACAUGAAUUCUGAUGCAUAUGGAAUUAAGGUGCAUUGUAUUAUUUUUGCUUAUUUAAUGGCGCAUUUGAGUUCACCUUCAAUGUGUGAAUGAAAAUAGUUGUAUCCCAUUAAAAAGCAGACGCCAAUACAUUUGCCAUUAUGUACUGUGUAUUAUAUUCAUAUUUUAAUGUUAAUACAGGUGAUAUUGUUUAUUGAACUUAUACUCUGUUGUUUUUGUAAUAAAGAGGUGGAACACUUCAAA